UCCGCGACCGAUGCUACUGCGCGCCUCACUAAACCAUUUAUAAAAAACUUUUCAGAUGUCAAUGUUCAUUAAGGUAUUCCAUUCGACUACAGUCAUUCCGGUUUUACAUUCUAAGUUCAAUACUGGAUUUCAACUUCUAGGAAGUUCACUGCUAAUAUGUGAAACACGAAAGCGUGACUUGUCUUGCAAAUUGUCAGUUCGACGGAUGGAGGGAAAACCCAAUACAAAGUAUAAUGUGGUAAUUUUAUCAAUAUUUGUAAUGAUCAAUAUAAUUAUAUGUAUGUAUGCUUUUAUGAUCUCGUUAUAUGUAUUAAAAUGUAUUCGUAUUGCAACAGGUUUAGUGGCGGCGCAAUAGCAUGGUUCGGCUGGCGU